AUGCAAGGUGCCUUCCACUGCUUGAUUCUGCUCUUAGCAUCUUCCCCGCUCUGCCAAAGCCGAUUCCUGAAGAGGCAUGCUGAGGAAUUGGCGGUGCAUGACCAGGAAACGUGCUCUCCUCUCAGAAACCAUGAGACGUACUCCUCAGUUAGCGUAAUGGUGGGCACGCCGCCUCAGAGCUUUGACCUGGUAGCGGACACAGGCAGCAACAACUGCAUCGUGAUGGACUGCCAGUGUGCCCAAUGUCCACAGGAUUGGGGAAAGUGCUUUACAGGAAAGUCCAAGACUUUCGACCUGCCGAAGUACAAGUCGAAGGAUCCGCUGCUCGGCUCCAAGAAUCAAUUCCUGCCGGCUUCCAUGCUGCUGACCUUCGGAAGUGGCCAGAUUGCUGCCCAUGUUGCAUCUGACGAGGUUCGUGUCGGUCACACAAGCGCCUUCAUGAAGAAUGGCUUGCUGCUGAUGGUGCCCUGGUUGAGCCGAGAGGUGUCACAGGAUGUCGACCAGGCGCUGCGCCUCCAAGGACCCUUCGAGGGCAUCCUGGGAUUGGGGCGACCCGAGGUCAAAACGAGUGGCGCAGUCAACCACACAGCGGGGGAGCUCGACAUCCGCGUCCCAGGUUAUGCCGAGGCUGCUGGUGUCCAGCGCUUCUCCAUGUGCUUCAACAAGGAGGCAGAUGGCGUGCUAGGCUUGCACACCCCAGAGCCUGUCACGCGUUUGGAGUCGGUAGGUCAGAUCCACUGGGGAGUUGAUUUCCACGGCAUCUCCAUUGGUGAGGGCCAGACCAGGCAGAAGGCCGGAGUGCGACGACGCAGCUUGUGGUUGGAGGUGUCUGGCAGAUGCUGGUGGGGGCAGGUCAAGUUCUGCAACCCCAAGGACAAAAAGCCAGAUCAGGAGUCUGGAGCCAAGGUCAUCAGACAUUUCUAUGCUGAGAGCUGCCGAGACACCAUUCAAGCUGAUACUCGUCCCAGGACUAUCUGUGGUCUCAUUCCGGACAGUGGAACCACAAUGAUCACCGGGCCAGAAAGCCAGCUAGCUGAUCUUUACAUGGACAUUUGCUCCAGCUGGUCACGUUGUCAGAAAGCUUUCGAAGAGGUCAGCAAGGACUUGGCAUGGCUACUUCGAUUUGUUCUUGCUUCAGUCGUGCAAUGCAACCAGUGCUCAUUUCGUCUUCCCUCUUCCUGGGAGUGUUGGCUGCCCUGUGCCCUCCGGCUUCAAGCACCAUUGGAGGAGAUGCACGACUUGCAGGAGCAGGGCAUGCAAGUUGGAGGACUGUCGUUGACACAGCAUGCGACUGUUCCAGAGGAGCUGGCGGAUGCCUUCAAAAAGCUGCAGGACGUCCUGCAAGCAGGUGUGGUCAGGGCAAGAGGGCAACAAGAGCGUUUUCCCCUGACCGAACUGAUUGAAGGGGGCACCUUGGAAGGGGUCCAGGUGGGAAAGCCGGUGGCAAAGCCGAUCCGACUGGCAAUGCUGGCAAUGCUGGCAGUGCUGCUGAUGCCGCCGCUAUCGCUGACAUCCUUGGGGGUGCGGCAGAUGCAGAAGGCCAACGUCUUCCUGCUGCUGCUAGAGCACUGUGCAGACUGGGCCGAGGGAGUGGACUUGGACAAGGAGCUUCCCAAGUUGAACUUCCACGUUGCCGGCCUGAACGGGGCAGAAACGGAGCUCUCACUUCGCCCGAAGACCUACAUCAUGACUGCGACGGCUGAAAUCAAAGUGCCGGAGAUCAAAACACUUGGCGGGUGUCUGGUGUGCAUGCCUGCCUUCCAGCCAGCUCCCUUCACCACCAAACUGAACGGAGAGGUGUGGAUCAUGGGCACGCCUCUGUUUUACGAGUACACGGCCCACUAUGACCGGGGCAGCGUGGACGGCAAGGUGAAGCCGAGCAUGGCCUUCACCCACGCGCACGAGCAGCCCUGUGGCAGCUGCCAAGACAAUCGCAUCGUCCGCGAUGCGCAUCCAUCUUUGACGCAGAAGCUUGCAACUGAAGUUGGGGGCGUCUUCAUGUUUGUCCACUCGAAGAAGUCUGAAAAGACCGGUGUCGAGUCCCUCCGCCAGCUGACGAAGGCUCCCAUCGUGCGCAACUUGACGUCCACGCACUCGCUCCUGGCGGGCUGGAAGAAGCCAGGCUGGCGCCCGCCGCUGGCCGAACUGGUGCCCGACCAAGCCGGUGUCUAUGCAUCGAUGGCUCGCCUCUGCACCUUCCCUGGUUCCUCGCGCACGAGACAGCGCGAUCAGCUCAUCCCGGGACUCAUCCCUGUGAAGUUGGUGCUGGAAGGCUUGUGGAAGGGCGCUCAGAACAUGUGCCAAGCAAAGUUCCUGGAGCGUGGCGUUCGAGAGAUGAGCAAGAACGGCCUGCUUCCAGAUGUGAUCAUCUACGGGUCCGCGAUCAAUGCCGUGGAGAAGGUAUGGGCCUGCGAGGGCGACUGGAAGUGCCUGGCCGCCCUUCGUAUGCUGAAGAAGGUUGAGGUCCUCGCGCUUCUUGAAAAGGACUCUGGAGAGUGA